CUUUCAGAUAAAAAAAAAAGUAUCCAUUUAUUUGAAUACUAAAAACCUGAGAUGGGUAUUCGUUUGCCAUCGAUGAUUCUAAAUGCAAAACAAAUUCUGAAGAAGCAGUCUACUACGAGUAGAAAUCAACCAGACGUUCCCAAAGGCCACAUUGCAGUUUAUGUUGGAGAGUUACAAAUGAAGAGAUUUGUGGUUCCAAUAUCUUACUUGAAUCACCCUUUAUUCCUUGAUUUGUUACACCGAGCAGAGGAAGAGUUUGGCUUCAAUCAUCCAAUGGGUGGCCUCACCAUUCCAUGCAAAGAAGAUGCUUUCAUUGAUCUCACUUCUCGGUUAUGUUAUGCCUCAUGAAGAACAAUGAACAACUUAAAGUCCUCCAAAAUUUUGACCUAUAUAUUUCUUCCUUUUUGUUAUAACUUUGGCUAGAUUAGAAGAUCGAGUUGUAGUAUAACCAUGUGUAAAUUUUUCCACAUGCAAGUGGGUGGAGAAAGAUAAAAUUCUCUCUCUCCCUCUGUAAAUCAAUAG